UGUAAACAACUGCAUCCACAGGUCUUCCUUGGGACACGCACGCUCUUCUUGCUGAGCAAUUGUAACAACUUUCACAAUUAGAUAAUCCGAUGAUUACCUGAAUAGUCGAAAGUGAAGAGAAGAACACACAGAUGGACGUUCAAGAACAGCACACUGUGCCACAAAAUUGUAGAUACAGACGUUGAUUAUGACAGCGAGUUUAUCAGUCGGCCAGCCCGCAAGACCAAGUUGUUGCUAACGAUAAGCCUGAGUACAGUCUUCAUGGUAUCUGGACAACCUUUAGGCAGGACUGUGUUCGCCGUCGUUAUCUUACCUUCAGAUUGGCCAAAACGAGGGCAAGUCGAACUGGGUAGACCGACAGUUUGGGAAUCUGCUGUGAUUCACUUCGUACCUCUGCAGCUGGAUCCGCGUGGUAUACGUUGAACACGAGGAUGGCAGACUCGACACCUAGCACAAUGUCGAUGUCGCGACGAAGACGGGUGACCAGUGGGACUGGAGUCUCCAAAGACAGGAAGGUAAAUCAGUCUAACAAUCAAUCCUCCAUCGGGAAGCAACGCUUUCACUGGGACAUCUGGCUGGUCCUGGCGCUGGAAAACUGGAUCUUCGACUUUGGUCGACCCAUUGCCGCUCUGUUCGUUCCCGUGGGAUGGAGCCCGCUUGACCGCCCGAGCAUCGGGGACUAUUUUCACAUGGCUUACAACAUCAUCACUCCAUUCUGCUUGCUCAAGUUACAGGAGCGAAGCAAGCGAAACCUGUCUAGCACGGUGACUUACCUGUCUGUCAUCACCUUUGUCAUGGGGGCUAGUAUUCACCUGGUCGGCGACUCUGUCAACCACCGCCUGCAACAUUUCGGCUAUCUGAACCACCUCUCUGUCGCCGAGAAUCCACUGAUGAAACAGCUGCGUCCACCUGAACUGGUGAAGUCUUUUGAAUUACUCUAUAUUUAUGACGAAGAAAUCGGUCAUUACAUGUGGUACGUUCCGUUUUUUCUGUCCCUCCUUCUUUACUACACGGGGUGUUUCCAACCAGCGGGACAGGCUGACACCCGGUAUAAGCCUGCAUGGUGGCUCUUACUUAUUUUCAGUGCAGUAUACUAUUGGUAUUUGGUGACCGAAGGACAGAUUUACCCGCUCUUCCUCGCGGUCUACGCUGCCAUGCUUGUCUACGGAGGCUGGCAAGUGAAGACGAAGUCUCUGUGGCCGGACACCAACGGUUCCUUCCUUUUUCUGACAUUCACCCUGACCCUUGCACUGACACAGGUUUGGGUGGCAUGGCUCUGGAACGAUUCCACCUUACGACAGAAGUAUCCAGGGCCUUUAUAUAUGCCUGAACCUUGGGCAUACUACACAUUAUACAUUGCCAAGCACUGAAGCAGUAGCAAACUGUAUUUCAAGCUCUUUGAUUGACUUUAUAUACACACAUUUCUUAUGAUGUUAUUUAAAUUGAAGUCGAA